AGCUUCUCAUCAACAAUGGCGGCUGCCACCGCGAACACCGGUUUCGCUAAUUCCCCGUCAAUUUCCUCCUUCAAAUCUUCAAUAUCCGUUUCCAAAUCCACUCCCUUCUCCACAACCCAUUACCGUUACCUCGACGUUUCCUUCUCCCUUUCUCAUGCAAACUCAAAUCCUAGAUACGCCGCCACCACCGCCGCCGUUCCCCAAACAACUGCUCCUUCCCAUGAUUUCAUUUCCCGUUAUGCGGAUGAUGAGCCCCGGAAAGGCGCCGAUAUCCUCGUGGAAGCCCUGGAACGUGAAGGGGUUAAGGACGUGUUCGCCUACCCGGGUGGAGCUUCAAUGGAGGUCCACCAGGCUUUAACCCGAUCCAAAAUAAUUCGAAAUGUCCUUCCACGACAUGAACAAGGCGGGGUCUUUGCCGCUGAGGGUUACGCGCGCUCCUCUGGCAUUCCCGGUGUUUGCAUUGCGACGUCUGGCCCUGGGGCAACCAACUUGGUGAGUGGUCUCGCUGAUGCAAUGCUCGAUAGCAUUCCGCUCGUGGCAAUCACUGGUCAAGUCCCUCGUAGGAUGAUCGGCACCGAUGCUUUCCAAGAAACUCCUAUCGUCGAGGUAACAAGGUCUAUUACGAAGCACAAUUAUCUUGUUCUUGAUGUGGAUGAUAUUCCUAGGAUUGUUAGUGAGGCCUUCUUUUUAGCUACCUCGGGCAGGCCUGGACCUGUUCUGGUUGAUGUACCUAAGGAUAUACAACAGCAACUUGCCGUUCCUAAAUGGAACCAGCCUCUUAGGUUGCCUGGUUAUUUGUCUAGGUUGCCUAAGGGUCCCAAUGAGUCUCAUUUGGAACAGAUUGUGAGGCUGGUUUCCGAGUCUAAGAAGCCAGUUUUAUAUGUUGGUGGUGGGUGCUUGAACUCUAGUGAGGAGUUGAAGAGGUUUGUUGAGCUUACAGGGAUACCUGUUGCAAGUACUUUGAUGGGUCUUGGGGUGUUUCCGAUUUCAGAUGAGUUGUCUUUACAAAUGCUUGGGAUGCAUGGAACUGUGUAUGCAAAUUAUGCUGUGGAUAAGAGUGAUUUGCUGCUAGCUUUUGGAGUGAGAUUUGAUGAUAGGGUGACUGGAAAACUCGAGGCUUUUGCUAGCCGGGCCAAGAUUGUGCAUAUCGACAUUGAUUCUGCUGAAAUUGGGAAGAAUAAGCAGCCUCAUGUGUCGGUGUGUUCUGAUGUGAAAUUGGCAUUGCAGGGGAUUAAUAAGAUUUUGGAGACCCGGGGAGCAAAUCUGAAUCUUGAUUUUUCGGAUUGGAGACAUGAGUUAAGCGAGCAGAAGUUGAAAUUUCCAUUGAGUUACAAGACCUUUGGUGAAGCUAUUCCACCUCAAUAUGCCAUUCAGGUUCUUGAUGAAUUAACCGGUGGGGAUGCGAUUAUAAGUACUGGCGUCGGUCAGCAUCAAAUGUGGGCUGCUCAGUUUUACAAGUACAGGAAGCCCCGUCAAUGGUUAACAUCAGGAGGAUUGGGGGCUAUGGGGUUUGGAUUGCCUGCUGCAAUUGGAGCUGCCGUUGCAAACCCUGGUGCAGUUGUUGUAGACAUCGAUGGUGAUGGAAGUUUUAUCAUGAAUGUGCAAGAGUUGGCAACUAUCCGUGUGGAUAACCUUCCAAUUAAGAUAUUAUUGUUGAAUAAUCAGCAUCUGGGCAUGGUUGUUCAAUGGGAGGACCGAUUUUACAAGGCAAACAGGGCUCAUACAUACUUGGGUGAUCCCUCGAAUGAGUCUGAAAUAUUCCCUAAUAUGUUGAAAUUUGCCGAAGCAUGCGGAAUCCCAGCUGCCCGAGUGACGAAGAAAGAAGAUCUCAAAUCAGCAAUUCAGAAAAUGUUGGACACUCCGGGACCUUACUUGUUGGAUGUGAUUGUCCCACAUCAAGAACAUGUCCUGCCUAUGAUCCCCAGUGGAGGCGCUUUCAAAGAUGUGAUCACCGAGGGUGAUGGAAGAACACAGCAUUAAUUUCAACAAGCAUCGAUAUGUUUUGUUCGAGUAAUGCAUGUAGUGUAUGAGAGCUUUAGUUCCUAAAUGCUGACACAGUUUUCUGGAACACAAACUGUUUCAUUUCCAUAAGAAUGACGUGAAAGAAAAUUGCCUGGGUCUCCAUAAGUAGUUUUCCUGUGCUUUAAAGAACUAUCAAGCAGGUUUUUGUAUGGGUUUAUGCAAGUGUUGUAUGUGUUUUAGUCGAACAAUGUUCUGUAAUGGAAGAAUCUGAACUUCUG